GUGAUCAAGCGGUCAAAGCUUUGCACAAUGCCGGUUGUUUCGCUGCGUUUGUUGAUCGGGUCGUUGCUGUUGGCAACCGGUGUUUGGACCGACGAAAUGGCCGUUGUUACUACGAUGGCAUCCAGCGAUUGUGUGCGGUCUGUCACAACGGCCAGUGGAAGUCUAAUCGAUCGAGGUCGUACUUUCUGUAGCGGGGAACUCAUAUUUGAGGAUAAUUUCGAUUUUUUCGAUUUUGAAAAAUGGGAACAUGAGAAUACAUUGGCAGGUGGAGGUAACUGGGAGUUCCAAUGGUACACCAACAAUCGGUCCAAUUCGUUCGUUGAGGAUGGAGCCCUCAAUAUUCGACCAACAUUGACCGCUGAUCAAUUUGGGCUUGAUUUCAUGACAUCCGGUACACUUAGCCUCCAAGGCAAUUAUCCCACGGACCACUGCACAAACGAUGCAUUUUACGGUUGUGUCCGGGUCGGCAAUCAGCAACAUAUAGUGAAUCCGGUAAAAAGUGCCCGUAUUCGAACGAUCAGCUCAUUCAACUUCAAGUAUGGGCGGGCGGAGGUGCGCGCAAAGCUACCGACCGGUGAUUGGCUUUGGCCGGCCAUUUGGUUGCUGCCGAAGCGUAAUGUCUACGGUAGUUGGCCUGCUUCGGGCGAGAUGGAUCUAAUGGAAUCGCGUGGUAACGAGAAUCUAUACCUGGAUGGAGUACAGAUCGGAACGCGCCAGGUUGGCCAGACGUUACAUUUUGGACCGAAUCCGUCGUACAAUGGCUACCCGACCGCCACACUGACAAAGAAUGCGAUGCCGGAGCAAGAGUUCAAUAAAAACUUUAGCACGUUCGGUUUCGUGUGGACGCCAGAAAACAUCACGGUAAGCGUGAAUGGUGAAGAGCUGGUUACGAUCGGAGGUGACUUCUGGACGCGUGGUGACUUCGGCAAGCAUAAUUUAGAGAAUCCGUGGCGUCACGGUACGCCAAUGGCACCGUUCGAUCAGGAGUUUCAUUUCAUCAUCAAUCUGGCAGUCGGUGGGGUAGCAUUUUUCCCGGAUGCGGCCACUAACCCCGGGGGCAAACCGUGGAAGAACAACUCGCCUCAGGCGGCGACCGAUUUUUGGAAUGGUCGUACUCAAUGGCUACCAACGUGGAACCUGGAUAAAGAUGGUGGCAAAUCGGCUUCGUUGCUGGUGGAUUAUGUGAAAGUUUGGGCACUGUAG